AUGCCAAUCACAGUCGGUGUGAUCGGUGCGACCGGCACAGCAGGUGGGAACGUGGUUGAAGGCCUACUAUCUUCGUCAACAGAUUUCACCUCUAUCAAUAGUCCCGCCAACCGCCAACUGAAGGACAAGAAUGUUCAAAUCGUCGGCUAUGAUUUGGACGGUCCCCAAGAAAAACUUGUGGAGCUACUGAAGGAGGUUGAUGUCCUGAUCUCCUGCAUUGCCUGGGAACAUCUCCACCUCCAAAUUCCAUGGAUCAAGGCUGCCAAGAUAGCCAACAUGAAGCGUUUUGUCCCAUCUGAAUGGGUAGGACCGGCCCCCAGAGGGGUCAUUGAUAUCAAAGACAAGAAACUUGAAAUUCUCGGCGAGAUCCAACGUAACCGCCUACCAUACACCAUCAUUGACGUGGGCUGUUGGUAUCAGGUCUGGGUUCCCAAAGUCCCAUCCGGUCGGACCGAUCACGCGCACUCGCCUUACAUUGACCAUCGUGUUGUGGGCGACGGCAAUGCGAAAUUUGCUUUGACUGACAUGUCGGAUAUUGGCAAGUACGUUGCGCAGAUCAUAGCGGAUCCACGAACUAUCAACCGACGAGUGCUGGCGUAUACCGAGGUUUUGAGCAUGAACGAAAUCUGGGACGUUAUGGCAAGAGUUACCGGAGAACAACCUCCUAAAGCCUAUGUGUCAGAGGAACAGCUGCACAAUAUCAUCGCGGAGUGUCGGAACCGACUCGAGGCAAGCUCCUUGUCUUUCUCGGACUCGAGUAACAUCAUGGAUACGGCCAACUUCAACAUGGGCCAGUACCGAAUCUCUUGGUGUGUCCGUGGCGACAAUACCCCGGAAUAUGCAGACUAUCUUGGGUACCUGAAUUUCUGGGAAUUGUUCCCCGAAUUCCCUAAAGGCAAACCCCUUGAGGCAUUCUACAAGGAAGUUCUCGGUGGCGCUGCGUCAGACUUAGCAGCUACUGCUCAGCCUGACGAUAUGUAA